AUGUCACAGCCGAAUGCAUAUACAGAUGUUGUGGAGUUAUGCGCAUUAUUGCAGUGUUUAGGGUUCGGUAUAAAAUCUUUGGAAACAACCGACGUAAACGUCAGUCAAGAUGAAGCAAUUCGGACAGUGGUCAUCAACUGCCAGGCUUCAGGAUUCCAUGUUGUAAUGGAAAGCGCAAAUACUACUUGUUCAUGUCCAUUGGCUCCUUCACAUCAAAACAGCGGCUUCUGGGAAGUAUCUGGUGUUACGGGAGGAAAGCAGUAUAGUAAGGAAUGUGGCAGUGCCCUUCUCGGUUCCCUUCCCAAGGCACAUCGUGAGCGACUGACGAAGCAAUUACAAGAUAUUGUGCGCUAUAUUAAAGAAUACAAUGAAUCGGAAGGAGAAAAACACAAAGAGUGUUUAGGAAAUAAGUCUGCCAGCAUGCUCGAUUUAAAAACACCUGAGAAACGACAUAAUGUCUUAAAGACCGAGACGCCAACACGUUACCGAUCCCUGGAUACGCUGACGACGGCUGGAAACACGCCAGGGCAGUUGCCUGCGCCCGGACCAUUACUUAAAGACACGACUGAUGACAACGCAAAUGAGAAAAAAAUGCAGCUUAUGUGUCAAAGACAAAGCACAUACACGCUUUCUUCUACGCCCGGGAGCUCACAACAUCGAAACAAAACUUCAAGUCCUAUUCAAGUGCCGUUUACUUCUAUAGUAGAAAACUUGUUAAAUGCAGAAAAGAUGGCUGAAGCACUAAGAACUAAAAUAGCUAAUGUUUUAAAAGAUUUUGUUAAUGAUGACAAGCAUGAAGAUAUAGAGGAGAUGUCUUCCUUGGUGCUGGAUGUGUCUAAAAUAUCUGUUAUAAAGGGUACUGAGCCUACUAAACUCCAAUUUUCUUCAAGCCCUAACUUAUCUGGGUUAGGUGUACAAGAUGAGUUUAUGAAGAGAUUAAAGCGCGUCGAAAGCGCAUCAACUUCUAACUUGGCCAAAUCUAAAGCAAAAGAUGAGAAAACAUCCAAACUUCGACGAUUAUCUCCAAACAUUUUUAAGCUUAGGAACAGCCCUAGUGUUGCCAAAUCUGAUAGUAAUAAAACCCCUCAAGAAAAUAAGAGCAGCAGAUUAAAUAGUUUAUUCAAACCAAAAGUGGUAACACCGGUGCGAAUCCCUAAAAAAAAUGACGCGAGCAUUAAUCUCAGUGGUUCAAAAAAGAAAUACAGCAAUGUGAAGUCUACAAUACCGAGACCUGCUUCUAAAAAGGAAUAAUAUUUUAAAUUUUUAAGAAAUAACUGUAUAACUGAAAUAAUAAACCAGAAUAAAUAA